AUGUCGGCGCCGGUGAUCGACCCGAUGCGUCUGAUCAUGACGUACUGGCCGGCGGAGGCCCCGAAGGGGAUCGUCGGCGAGGGCGGCCAGGAGACGAUCGGCACGGGCGGCUCGGACGAGCUGGACAUCUUCAUGGAGACGCAGGUGCAGAACAUGGUCUCGGACCGCCUGCUGCGCCAGGCGAUCAACGAGCCGAACAUCCGCGAGACGAAGUGGAUCCAGGGGUUCGUCGUGAACGGUCGCGUGGACGAGGUGGAGGCGCUGAAGGACCUGCGCGACCACGUGAGCGCCCGGGUGGUCCCGGACACGCUGUUCAUGCAGCUGAACGCGCGGUUCUCGAGCAAGGCGGACGCGAAGACGGUCGCGGACGUGCUCCAGACGGUGUACAUGGCGGACGUGCGCCGGCAGGCGAACCGUGGUCUGAACGACGACAUCUCGCUGCUGGAGAACACGCUGCGUGUGACGCGUCAGGAGGUCGAGGCGCUGGACCGCCGGAUCGACAACCUGCUGGGGGAGGCCCAGAUCACGUCGCUCGAGCAGCGCGAGUCCGGGCAGUUCGCCGAGAUCCAGAACCUCCAGCCGGCGCUGGUGGAGAUCCGGGAGCAGCGGGCGCUGGCGCGCGAGCAGCUGGGCAGCUACGAGCAGCUGCUGAACUCGCCGGGCGGUGUGCAGUACCCGGACACGGUGCGUUCGGAGGCGGAGGGGCACCCGAUCAUCGCCAACCAGGACGCGCUGAUCGCGAACGAGAAGGCGGCGAUCCGCGCGAUGCUGAACCGCUUCGGCGAGCGUCACCGCGAGGUGGUCCGCCGGAAGAACAUGCUGGCGGCGCUGGAGCAGGAGCGUGCGGGGCUCGUGGAGCAGAAGACGGCGGAGCUCUUCCGCGCGCGGAUCGAGCAGCUCCGCUCGACGAUCGCGAACCUGCAGGAGAGCGAGAACGACCUCCAGGAGCGUCUGCGCCAGGCGCAGGACAGCCUCGUGGAGGUGACGCAGGUGCUCAAGGAGCACGACAACCUGGCGCAGGAGCGUUACGAGAAGCAGGAGGCGAUCAAGUCGCUGAACGAGCGGAUCACGAACCUCCGGAUGCUGGUGACGGGCGGCACGCGUGUGGCGCUGAACUCGGCGCCGGAGCUGCCGAACGAGGUGUCGUUCCCGCGCCUGCCGGUGACGGUGGGCGGGACGGCGUUCCUGGUGUGCGCGGCGGUCGGCGGCCUGAUUUUGCUGAAAGAGAUCCGCGAGACGCGUGUCCGCGGGCCGCAGGACGUGCUGGCGAUCCCGCGCACGAAGGUGCUCGGGGUCAUCCCGGACAUCAGCCUGGACCCGUCGAAGCCGGAGUCGGUGGAGAUGGCGUCGCGGGACAAGCCGCAGGGGGUCAUCGCGGAGUCGUUCCGCCAGAUCCGCGGCGGGAUCAUCAAGAGCAUGGACGAGCACGACAUCAGCUCGAUCGUGAUCUGCGCGGGGAUGCCCUCUUCGGGCGCGACGUCUGUGACGACGAACCUGGCGUUGAAGCUGUCCGUGGCGGGUCACCGGAUCCUGAUCGUGGACGGGAACCUUCGCCGUCCGUCGAUGCACAAGGUCUUCGGUGUGUCGCGCACUCCGGGCCUGAGCGACUGCCUGCUCGGGAAGUCGACGGUCGACGCGUGCGUGGUCUCGACGAGCUUCGGGAACAUCGAUCUCCUGCCCGCGGGCGAGACAAUGGAGGGCAUCUUCGAGAAGCUGCCGACGAAGGCGAUGGCGGACGUGAUGGCGCAGGCGGAGUCGAAGUACGACCUCGUGCUCGUCGACUCGGCGCCGGGCAUGGUCGGCGAGGACGCGGUGUCGAUCGCGAACCACUGCGACGCGUGCAUCCUCGUGGCGCGGGCGCUGAGCGAGAAGCGCGGCCUCGUGGCGCGUCUCCGGAACCAGCUGGGCGACACGUCGGCGCGAUUCCUGGGCGUGAUCGUCAACGGCGUCGAGGCGUCGGCCGGCGGUUACUUCCGCAAGAACUACAAGACGACCCACGACUACACCACCGGCGACCGCGCCGAUGGCGCGGGCAAGGGCAAGAAGUCCAAGGCCGAGGGACUCAUGAACGCACGCGCCGCACAACCUGACACCACGCGCCGGCGCUCCCUCGUCACGGGGGGCGCCGGUUUCAUUGGCUCGCACCUCGUCGACGCCCUGCUCGCGCGGGGCGAUUCGGUGACGGUGGUCGACGACCUUUCCACGGGCUCGCUGGAGAACCUCGCGGACGCGGGGCUCGAGAAGACGCGCCUCCGAUUCAUCGAGAAGACGCUCGGCGCGUCGCUCCGCGAGGACCUCGUUUCCGAGCCGGCGUUCGACGAGGUGUACCACCUCGCGGCGUCCGUCGGGGUGAUGCGGAUCCUGGAGCAGCCGGCGGAGUCCAUCGAGACCAACGUGCUGGAGACGGGGGCGCUGCUGCGGUACUGCGUGGAGCGCGACCCGGGGCGGAUGCCGCGGGUGCUCGUGGCGUCGAGCUCGGAGGUCUACGGCCUCGGCGGGCGUGGCGAGAAGCUGCGCGAGUCUGACGAUUGCACCUACGGCCCCACCACGGCUCACCGGUGGUCGUACGGGUAUUCGAAGGCCGUGGACGAGUUCCUGGCGCUGGCGCACCACCGCGAGUACGGGCUGCCGGUGGUGAUCGCUCGGUUCUUCAACGUUAUCGGGCCGCGACAGACGGGCGAGCACGGGAUGGUGGUCCCCCGGUUCGUGGCGUCGGCGACGCGUGGCGAGCCGCUCACGGUUUUCGGUGACGGGACGCAGGUGCGGACGUUCUGCGACGUGCGCGACGUCGUGCCCGUGCUGCCGGUGCUGGUGGGUCGAGAGGCGUGCUCGGGGGAGGUUGUGAAUAUCGGUUCGGAUUCACCGAUCAGUGUGCGAAAUCUUGCGCAGGAAGUGGUGCGUGUGCUGAAUUCGGCUUCCGAAAUCCGCACGAUCCCGUACCAUGAGGCGUACGUGGGCGGAUUUCAGGAUCUCCCGCACCGCUGCCCGGAUCUGAGCAAGGCACGGAGAGAGCCGUCCCGCCCGCGGGACGGGCGCGCCGACGACGCCAUGAUCGCAUCGCUUUUCACCACGCCUGGCCGCUCGACAUUCGACUCGAUUUCCGGGAUCGAUCAGGGUCCUGCCGCGUUGACGAGCGUGAUCGAGCCGCUGGGUUCCCGGCUGGAGGUGCUCUCGGGGUACCUGGUGAUCUUCGUGGUGGCGUUCCUCGUGUCGCUGCUGGCGACGCCACUGAUGCGUCGGCUGGCGCUGGCGAACGGCGUGGUGGACAGCCCGAACGACGCCCGGAAGAUCCACCGUGAGCCGAUCGCGUAUUUGGGCGGCGUGGCGGUGUACCUGGGGAUGAUGGCGGCGAUCGUGUUCUCGUUCGUGUCGACGGACAUCGUGAGCGUGUUCCCGUUCACCUUGUUCGAGCCGCACCCCUCGCGGUUCGAGCUGCAGCACGUGUCGUUCGCGAUCCUGCUGGGCAUGACGAUCAUCAUGGUGAUCGGCCUGCUGGACGACGUGGUCGGGCUGGACCCGCGGCUGAAGGUUGGCGGUCAGCUGAUGGCGGCGGCGGCGCUGGCGAUGAGCGAGAUCGGGACGCAGGUGGCGCAGGGGCUGCUCCGGCCGAUCGGCCGGCUGCUGCAGAACGAGUCGCUGGUGUACGUGAUCGACCUGCCGGUGCCGAUCCCGGGGUUCAGCGACCAGAUCCCGAUCGACAUCAUCUACUGGGUGGGGACGGCGAUCAUCGCGAUCUUCAUCCUCGGGGCGUGCAACGCGAGCAACCUGAUCGACGGGCUCGACGGGCUGCUCUCGGGGGUGACGUCGAUCGCGUGCGCGGGGCUGCUCUUCGUGGCCUUGACGAUGGCGCUGAUGGACGACGGGAUCCACGACGCGGCGCGGAUCACGCUGACGCUGGCGUUGCUCGGCGGGUGCAUGGGGUUCCUGCCGCACAACUUCAACCCGGCUCGGAUCUUCCUGGGGGACUGCGGUUCGCUGCUGCUGGGGUACACGACGAUCGUGAUCGUGCUGCUGCUGGGUCAGACGGGCAAGACGCACCUGGUGGUGGCGGGCCUGAUUAUUUACUCGAUCCCGAUCGUGGACACGGUGCUGGCGAUUUUCCGGCGGAAGCUGGCGGGUCUGCCGAUGAGCGCGCCGGACGACAAGCACAUGCACCACGUGCUGAAGCGGCGUUUCGGCGUGAAGGGCGCGGUGCUGGUGAUCUACGCGAUCGGGACGGUGUUCGCGCUGAUCGGCGCGGCGCUGUCGCUGCUCGAUAUCCGUGAGGUGCUCACGGCGGCGAUCGUGCUGGGUGCGUUCCUGGGGAUCGCGUGCCUGAAGAUCGGUCGGACGCAGGCGGCGGACAUCCGGCGUCGCCUGGCGGCGGGUGACGGGCCGACGAUCAAGAAGGCCGGGGCGUACACUGCGCCCAUGAGCAGCAUCCAGGAUUUUCGUGAGCGUCGCGCGGCGGGUCAGGCGAAGCUCGAGGCGCUCGAGCACCUCGGCAUCAAGCGGUUGCUGACGAUCGACCACCAGACGUACCGGGACGCGACGGACAGGGGCGGGCUGGACGAGCGGACGAAGGAGCUGCUCGGGCUCGCGACGAGCGCGGUGCUGCGGUGCGACGACUGCAUCCUGUACCACGUGGAGCGGUGCGUCGAGCUGGGGUGCACGAAAGAGGAGAUCGUGGACGCGCUGAGCGUGGUGUACGUGGUGGGCGGAUCGAUCACGAUCCCGCACCUUCGGCGCGCGGUCGCGGCGAUCGACGAGCUGAUGGUGGAGGUGGUAGCCGAACUGGGUUCGGACGGGCUCGGAGACCUCGCCGAUGGGGAGGUUGGAGAAGACGACCUUGUCGAACUCGGGGACCAUGUCGCCCUUCUUGAAGGUGCCGAGGUCGCCGCCGCCCUUGCCGGAGGGGCACUGGGAGUGCUGCGCGGCGAGCUCGCCGAAGUCCGCGCCCUCUUCGAUCUGCUUCUUGAGAUCGAUGGCUUCCUGCUCGGUUUUGACGAGGAUGUGACGGGCGCUGGCGGUGGCCAUGGCGGUGAGAUCGCGCGCGGCGUGGAGAACGCGGGGCUACCCGUGACGCUGGUUUCCCCGGUGACGGACCACGAGGCGAGCGAUUCGUGCGGGGUUCGGAUCCUGGGCGAUGAGUCGGAGGGGUUCUGGAAGGACCACAAGGGGGCGCAGAUCAACGCGAUCCGGACGCGGACGCACCUGGAGCGGGCGGACGUCGUGAUCGUGCGGUUCGCGGGGAAGUACCGGGAGUGGAACGCGGCGCUGGACGCGGGGUACGCGCUGGCGCGGGGGAAGCCGAUCGUCGUGAUCCACGACGAGGAGCUGACGCACGCGCUGAAGGAGGUGGACGCGGCGGCGCUGGCGGUGGCGCGGACGGCGGGGCAGGCUGUUGAGAUCCUGGAGUACGUGAUCGCGCUCAGCGGUUCGCUGGAGCGUCUGGCGACGGGGCGGCGCAUCAACCGGGCGUCGGACGACCCGGCGGGGACGGUGCUGCUCUCCGCGACGACGGCGCGGCGGCAGGCGGUGGAGGCGCAGAUCUCGGGGCUGGAGCGGACGCGGCUGCUCAACGACACGACGUCGGGGGCGUACACGGACAUCGCGGACCGGCUGAUCCGUCUGCAGGGGAUCCUGACGGAGGCGGCUGACACCGGCGGGCGUUCGGAGGAGGAGCUCGAGGCGCUGCAGGUCGAGGCGGACGCGAUUCUGGACUCGAUCGACUACACGGCGGAGACGACGACGUUCAACGGGAUCCGCGUGCUGAACGGCGAGGGGAUCCUGCUGGGGACGACUCUGGAGACGCGUCUGAACGCGCACACCGGCUCGCUGGGAUCGACGCUGUACGAGGUGCUCGUCGAGGAGGCGCAGGGCGAGCCGGGGAGCGAGGGGUACACGCCGGCGCAGUACACGGGCGUCGACGUUUCGCUGGGGGACCUGCGGACGGGCGGGGUGCUCAACCUGGUGGACGGCGACGUGGAGCGAGCGCAGUCGGUGCUGGAUUCAGCGUUGAAGCAGGUGGUCCGGGCGGGUGCGAAUACGGACGACCUCGGGCUUUCGGCGCAGAUCGCGGCGCUGUCCGGGGAGCUGGAGACGCUCGCGAAGAUCGAGAGCGAGGUCGGGGACACGGAUUACGCGUCGGAGUCUUCCGAGCUGGUGCGCCGCCAGGUGCUGGCGGAGGCGGCGACGCGGGCGAUCCUGAUUCACCGGGAGCAGACCGCGCAGACGACGCUCGGGCUGCUCGGGUGA